AUGUCCUCCAUCGAUCCAGUCGUCGUCAUUGACGGCAAGGGACACCUUCUUGGUCGUCUUGCCAGCACUGUCGCCAAGCAGCUGCUCAACGGUCAGAAGAUCGUCGUCGUGAGAUGUGAGGCUCUUAACAUCUCCGGCGAGUUCUUCCGCGCGAAGCUCAAGUACCACGCCUACCUUCGCAAGAUGACUCGUUUCAACCCCACCCGCGGUGGUCCCUUCCACUUCCGCGCUCCCUCCCGCAUCUUCUACAAGGCCGUCCGCGGUAUGAUCCCCCACAAGACUGCCCGUGGUGCUGCCGCUCUGGAGCGCCUCAAGGUCUUCGAGGGUGUUCCUCCCCCCUACGACAAGAAGAAGCGCGUCGUCGUUCCUCAGGCCCUCCGUGUCCUCCGCCUCCGCCCCGGUCGCAAGUACUGCACCGUCGGCCGUCUGAGCCACGAGGUCGGCUGGAAGUACCAGGACGUCGUUGCCAGACUCGAGGAGCGGAGAAAGGUCAAGAGCAGCGCCUACUACGAGCGCAAGAAGGCUGCCCGCCGUCAACUCGUCCACGCCCAGAAGUCGGCGGCUGUCAGCGAGCAGACCAAGACCGAGCUUGCUCAGUACGGAUACUAGAUACCUGGUUGCGCGGCUGGUUGCCUGUGUCUGUGAUGGGAUGGGAUGGGAUCGCGAACGGUUACGGUUAUGUUUCAGCGACAGAUGGACGGCGAACCGAUCGACCCGUUUUUUCUCCCCUCUGUCCCUAACCUUUUCAUGAAACCCCCCACAAUACUUACGUUGUGACGCACAUGGGAGGCUGGCGAGAUUCGAACUCUUAAUAAACAAAAAAGAAUUUUUACG